AUGGGUCGUUUUCACCAACACUUCGUGAUGGAGUUCAUAGGACACUAUUCUUUAAUAUAUAUUCUAAAUCUAAAAAAUUUUAAGAAGUGGUGUUACGCCAAUACCGAAGAAACCACCACGUUAAGUGUCUCCCAGCGGUCCAAGAUGCUGAGUUCACGGGGUGUUAGGCUGUCACAAAGUGUGCGUACAAUCUCCUCAAGUUUGAGGCUUUUGAACAGCUCAAAUUCUCCCAUUUUCGACCCUUCACAACUGAACCCGUUAAGCAACACGAAAGUGGGUACAGGCGCGUCCAGCAAGCUGCAAUUUGAGAUCCCCAGCCCGCAGAACUCAAGUGCACCACAAGACCAGGGGCAGCGUUUCGCAGCUGCGUCUUUUAUCGCGUCGCCUAAGGAGGACGCCCUGACAUCCAGACUGACCGGCGUGCGCGCAGGCCGCACCGUGGAUGUUUACAACGGUGACACCGCCGGCGCGUUCCGCCAGCUGAAUUCGGUUGUUUUUUCCAACAGGAUCGCCCAGGAUAGGCGUAACCAGAGAUUCCAUCUCAAACGCGGGAAGGCCAAGGAAAUACGCAGUUCGCAGAGACACCGUCGCGAGUUCAUGAAGGGCUUCAAGCGUCUGAUUGAGGUUGUGAAGGACGCCAAGCGUAAGGGGUACUGA